GACGUGUAAAGAGGUAACAAGUAAACUCGAUGUUCCCACAUACUAAUUUCUCUUUAGAUGAACCGCAUACACCCUCGCGGUGUUAGUCAGUGUCAAGAAAUGAAGAUUGCUUCAUUCAAUGCACAGAGGUUUGGACUGACUAAGGUCUCAGAUCCAGCGGUCCUGACAAGCCUGGUUAAGACUGUGUCUCGAUAUGACAUCAUAGUUAUUCUGGAGGUGGUGGAUGUAACUGGAGAUUCUGUUAGAGUGUUAGUGGAAGAGCUGAACAGGGUCAACACCACCCAUCACUAUGCUCAGCAGCUCAGUACCCGUCUGGGAAGGAGCAGAUACAAAGAACAGUUCCUGUUUCUGUACAGGGACGAUGUGGUCGACUGCUAUCAGUAUGAAGAUGACCAGGUCGAUGAUGUGGAUGCGUUUACAAGAGAGCCCUAUAUUCUCUACUUUAAACCUCACAACACAGUGCUGAGGGAUAUAGUGCUGAUCCCCGUCCGGACCGCACCAAAUGACUCUAAGAAAGAGCUUGAUGAGCUCUACGAUGUCUUCCUGGUGGUCAAAGAAAAAUGGAAAACUGAUAAUGUAAUGAUCCUGGGAGACUUCAGGGCAGAUGGCUGGUAUCUCUCAUCCAAGGAAAGGGAGGAGAUCCGCAUCCGCAGUGACAAGAACUUUCACUGGCUGAUUGGUGAUAACGUGGACACCAUGGCAAAAACAAGCGAUCAUCACGCUUAUGACAGGAUAGUUGUGUAUGGAGAAGAUAUGCUGGCAGCUAUUGUGCCAAACUCAGCUAAACCAUUCAACUUUCACAAAGAGUUUCAAAUGACAGAAGAAAUGGCCCUUAGGGUGAGUGAUCACUACCCUGUUGAGGUGGAAUUAGUCAGUGCCAUUCCCUGUUGGGUGAAAAAGAGCAACAACGGAUGCGCAGUUGUUGACACCCAGCAAGGAUCCAGCAGAACUGUGACAGAGAGUGCACAGGUUGACAUGUUCAACCUGCAAAAGGAAAAUCUCCUGCUGGAGAAAGAAAAACUUCAACUUAUCAUCUGCAUAUUAAAACAAAAGCUUGUCAAAUACCAGAUGGAGAAAUAACCAGAAGACUCCAAGUUAAGCUUUUGUUUCUUUUUAUGAUUCUGAAUAAAUAUUGUGACAUACAGUACAAUACAACAAAAAUAAAUAUGGGUUUAAUGCACGUAUUGCCUCUGUCUGUUACUUAACUGCAUGACACAGCACUGUGGUCUUGUAUGCCUUGGCUUGACCUAGUUAAGAGCAAGAAAAUAGGGUAAGGUUUGUCUCGUAGUUCUUUGGUCAAAUAGCGGAAUGAAACAUCUUCUGACAGCUGCUUAACCUGAUGAAAAGAAUGUACUUUAACAAUAGCGAAAGGCGCUAUUUUAAUUGUAUUUUUACCACUUGUUCAUGCCACACAUAAACGAACGAUGUGACGCAAUGACGUGUGCUGCAUUCAUGUUAACGGCGUAAGCUCGGAAAU